AUGGCUACAACAGAGGCCGCGCUGCAGCCGCACGAUCGUCCCGAUCGUGCUGGCCGGCGCCGUCCCUUCUCAACAUGGGUCAAGAAGCUCACCAACUUCAAAAGCUCAUCUUCUAGCGAUGGAGGCGGCGUUCGCCUUCCCAGCUCUAAACGACAGCAGGCUAAGUUCCACGCAAAGAUGAGAGCUUCCAAGAACAACAACCCCUAUCCUCAGUCAGGCCGAGUAGGCUCCGCCAGCCAUGCCGAUGUCGACGUCGAGACCAGUUCCUAUUCAUUUUCAACCGCUCUGAGCGGGAGCGCAACAUCCAUUGAACGGUCUUCUCGCAUGUCUUCUCGAAUGUCUUCCGAGGAUGGUCGCACCCCACCCACCGCGGGCGUAAGGUCCAUGGCCCCCACGAUUUCGACAGACAACGAUGGCGCGCAUUCCGUAGUUGCCCCCUCCCACGGCGCUCCAUCCGUAGCCGGAACGAGUCGAACGAUAGGCGGUGUCGAGUCUCGAAGGGGAGACAGCACAUUUUCGUCCCCAGCACCGUCAGUGCGGUCAUUGACGACGACUUUGACCACAAUACAAUCCAUGACGCCAAAUAACGGCGGCACCCAUGUGCCAACGAACCCGACCAACAACGGUAAUCACACCUCGCACCAGGGUCAUACCCAAUCGAUUCAUUUCAAUCAACCAUUCCCAACAGCACCGCCCGCCUCCGCCAUCCCCGCUCAUCUUGCGCCUGCGGGAUCGGGCUCUGGCAAUCCCACAACAUAUACUACAGCCACGGCCAACAACCUGCUUACCGACAACGCUUCCAUCAUCACUCUAGCCUCCUCGUCUCAACGUCGUCGCCGUCGCUCAUUAGAUACCGAUGCCUCUGUUCGUGCCUUGGCUCCUUCCUCCCUCUGGGGCGGCAGUCGGGAAAGCCUUCCUCUGAGCGUCCUAAGCGCCAACAUCGAACAGGGCGCGGGAUUGCCGACAACUCCGGGCCUUCACCAAAGCAGCUCGCGCAUAGCGAACGCCGAACGCACUAGUAUAUACUCGGCCACAGGCGUCGCCCCCGCCAUACCUGGCGACCGGAACAGCUUUUAUGCGAAGCAGAGCGGCACUGGAGAUGGAGCGAGCGUUCGGAGCGGAUUGCUGGGUCACGGUGGAUCUGACAGCAUCAGCGGGAGCAUCGGUGGUGUGACCAGUCCACUGACUAGCCCACGAGAGACUUCGGAAAAGAGCGAAGUAGAAGACAGGGGCGAUGGCACGAAUCGGGUCAAGGACGACGAGGAGCGCUAA